CUGGAGCCUGGGGGAGAUCUGAGCCUGGGUCAGGGUGGGCUCAGGGCUCUGUCUGAUGCAGCUGUCAGGGACCCUGGUACAUGAAGGCCUUUGUGAGUGACAAGAAAUGGACAGAGGGGAAGAGCCCUGGGAAAGUGUUCCCGCUGACAGUGACAGCCCUGGAAGACAGAGACUUGAAGGUCAAGUGCGUUUUUAUGUCUGAGGGUAAAUGCAUUGAGUUAACAUUACUGAUGCGGAAAACAGAGGAGCCUGGCCAGUACAGCACUGCUUGGGGCAUAAAGCUCACAUACAUUUAUGAAUUGCCAGUGAAGGACCACUACAUCCUCCGCAGUGAAUACAAGUUGCAUGAGGUUAAAUUCUACAUGGGAAAACUCAUAGGAAACCUAGAUUAG